UGGCGUGAUCCAAAUCCAUUUCAUGAGAGCGAGCUCCCAAACGCGUUGUAAGUGGUGCCGUGAUUCAAACUCUUCGGCAGAAAGAGUGCUUACCUUUUUUUUUUUUUUUUGAUUCGAAACGGCUCUCCCAACUUUUCCCCGUUUCGAAGGUAACAAAAUGACAGCCAAAAACCAAAAAGCAGAGGCCGAAGGAGAAGGAGAAGAAGAAGAAGAAGAAGAAGAACGAAAAUAUUAAAAACCAACCCAAGACGAGAGGCCCCUCCCUCUGCCUCUGCCUCUGCCUUCUCUGCCUUUACCAACUCUUACCUUCUCUCUCUCGCACGCAAGCAGAGAAAAUGCGAUUUCAACUCUUCCUACUCCUGCUCCUACUCUUCUACUUGCAGCUUCACCGUCUAACCGCCGUUCGUCUGCCGGAAUACAAGGCUCUGCUCUCCCUUAAAGCAGCCAUCUCCGACCAUUCUCAAUCGCUUUCCUCAUGGGACACCUCCACCAGCCAUUGCACCUGGUCCGGGGUCACGUGCGAUUCUCACCGCCACGUCAUAGCUCUAGACAUCUCCGGCCGCAACUUCUCCGGUACUCUCUCCCCCGAUGUCGCCCACCUUCGCUUCCUCCUCAACCUCACUGUCGCUGUCAACCAGAUCUCAGGUCCUGUUCCACCGGAGAUCUCGUUCAUAUCCAGCCUCCGCUACCUCAACCUCUCCAACAAUGUGUUCAAUGAAACAUUCCCUACGCAACUGGCUGCCCUUAAAAACCUCCAAGUGCUGGACCUUUACAACAACAACAUGACCGGAGACCUACCUGUUGUCGUCUCCGAAAUGGCAAGCCUCCGCCACCUUCACCUCGGUGGCAAUUACUUCUCCGGUACCAUUCCCCGGGAGUACGGCCUCUUUCCGUCCCUGGAGUACCUGGCUGUUUCGGGCAACGAGCUCGUCGGCGUUAUUCCUCCUGAAAUCGGGAACUUAUCGACGCUUCAACAACUCUACAUCGGUUACUACAACGCCUUUUCAGGUGGAAUACCUCCAGAGAUUGGAAACUUAUCCCGACUCGUUCGGUUCGACGGCGCGAACUGUGGCCUCACAGGCGAGAUUCCGCCAGAGAUUGGCAAGCUUCAGAACUUGGACACUCUGUUCCUACAAGUGAACGCCCUCUCCGGACCGCUUACCACGGAGCUUGGUUACUUGAAGAGCUUGAAAUCUAUGGAUCUAUCCAACAACGUGUUGUCCGGCGAAAUACCUGCCUCAUUUGCGGAGCUCAAGAACUUAACACUCCUAAAUCUUUUCCGAAACAAGCUCCACGGCUCCAUACCGGACUUUGUCGGCGAUUUGCCUGAGCUUGAGGUAUUGCAACUCUGGGAAAACAACUUCACCGGCAGUAUACCUCAAGGCUUGGGGACGAAUGGAAAGCUUCAACUCGUCGAUCUCUCUUCAAAUAAACUAACUGGAACUCUUCCUCCAAAUUUGUGCUCCGGCAAUUCUCUGCAAACAUUAAUCACUCUGGGCAACUUCUUGUUCGGUCCCAUUCCCGAGUCGCUAGGCAAAUGCCAGUCGCUGAGCCGUAUUCGCAUGGGAGAAAACUAUCAUAACGGCUCGAUUCCGAACGGCCUCUUGAGCCUGCCUAACCUCAAGCAGGUCGAACUUCAAGACAAUCUUCUAUCUGGGGGAUUUCCUGAAACUCAUUCCAUAUCUGUGAGUCUCGGGCAGAUUAGUCUGUCCAAUAAUCAUCUAAUUGGUUCGUUACCGGCGAGUAUUGGCAACUUUUCCUCCGUCCAGAAGCUUCUACUCGAUGGAAAUCAGUUUUCGGGGCGCAUUCCUCCUGAAAUAGGCAGAUUGCAGCAGCUGUCAAAGAUAGACUUUAGCCACAACAGUUUUUCCGGCCAAAUCACCCCCGAAGUUAGCAAGUGCAGGCUAUUGACUUUUCUUGACCUCAGCCGGAACCAGCUUUCAGGCGAAAUUCCGACUGAGAUUACAGGUAUGCGGAUACUGAAUUACUUGAACUUGUCAAAAAACCACCUAGUGGGAAGCAUUCCAGCAUCCAUAGCUUCAAUGCAAAGCCUGACUUCCGUUGAUUUUUCAUAUAAUAAUCUAUCUGGCUUAGUCCCUGGCACCGGCCAGUUCAGUUACUUCAACUAUACUUCGUUUCUUGGCAAUCCUGAACUCUGUGGUCCAUUCUUGGGACCUUGCAAAGAUGGGGUCGCUAAUAGGACUCACCAACGGCAUGUUAAGGGGUCAUUCUCAGCCUCUUUGAAGCUCUUGCUUGUUGUUGGGUUGCUAGUUUGUUCAAUUGUUUUUGCGAUUGCUGCAAUAAUCAAGGCCCGAUCACUGAAGAAGGCAAGUGAGGCACGGGCAUGGAAGCUCUCCGCAUUCCAACGCCUGGAUUUCACUUGCGAUGAUGUCUUGGAUAGCCUGAAGGAGGAUAAUAUUAUAGGUAAAGGAGGAGCUGGGAUUGUUUACAAGGGUGCGAUGCCUAAUGGUGACCAGGUUGCAGUGAAAAGGUUGCCAGCAAUGAGUCGUGGUUCUUCUCAUGACCAUGGAUUUAACGCAGAGAUACAGACCCUUGGGAGGAUUAGACACCGUCACAUUGUCAGAUUAUUGGGUUUCUGUUCAAACCAUGAAACAAAUCUUUUAGUCUACGAAUACAUGCCCAAUGGUAGCUUAGGAGAAGUGCUUCAUGGCAAGAAAGGGGGCCAUCUGCACUGGGACACAAGGUAUAAGAUUGCAGUGGAAGCUGCCAAGGGGCUUUCUUAUCUUCAUCAUGAUUGUUCCCCUAUUAUCCUCCAUCGAGACGUGAAGUCCAACAACAUUCUUCUUGAUUCUAAUUUUGAAGCACAUGUGGCUGAUUUUGGCCUGGCCAAGUUCUUGCAAGAUUCGGGCACUUCUGAAUGCAUGUCGGCCAUUGCUGGUUCAUAUGGAUAUAUUGCACCAGAAUACGCCUACACACUCAAGGUUGAUGAGAAGAGCGAUGUGUACAGCUUCGGGGUAGUUCUUUUAGAACUUGUGAGUGGCAGAAAACCAGUUGGGGAGUUUGGCGAUGGAGUAGACAUAGUACAGUGGGUGAGAAAGAUGACCGAUGGGCACAAGGAAGGGGUCUUAAAGGUCCUUGACCCAAGACUUCCCACAGUCCCCAUCCAUGAGGUGAUGCACGUAUUUUAUGUGGCAAUGCUCUGCGUUGAAGAACAGGCGGUUGAGCGUCCUACGAUGCGGGAAGUUGUCCAAAUUUUAACAGAGCUGCCAAAACCACCAAGUCAGAAACAGGGAGGAGACUUGACUGAUUCACCGCCGCCCGCAGCCAAUGCCGGAGACGGCAGGGAACACCAUCAGCUACCAGUGCCGCCGCCUCAGUCUCCGCCACCCGAUCUUCUGAGCAUUUGAAAUUCCUUAAACGGUAAGGGGAGGGGAGCCGGAGUGUUUGCUUUAGCAUUCAUGAAUGUAUUAAUUAUCUAAGGUUGUUUCUUUCUUUCUUUGUCGUUAAUUAAGUGGGUUGAAUGGGUUUUUACUCUUUUUAAUUUUGAACUUUAGGGCGUGGUCAAGUAACGAGUGUUUGUACAGUGGGGGGGGAGGGGUGGGGGGUGUUCUCCUUUAACAAGUUUCUAUGAUUGCUCUCUGGUGAUGUUAGCGUUUCUGAAGGAGGAGAUAGAAUCUAAUGGCUUGGACUAUAUUGACAAAUGUGUAAGGUUGCUUUAUACGGCAUGUAUGUAUAUUAAAUAAUACAAUAAUGGAGAGCCGGGGGUGGGGGGGUGUUUUAAAUGAGUGACAGCCCCAAGGCGGGCAAGGGUGGUGGGCCACAGGCUCAGAGUGAAGCGGCUUUCAAGUACCGAGACAUGAGGGUUCACUAAUUGAGAUGAAAAUCACCCUUUGCUUGUUCUGACUUCUUCAGGAUUCAGUUCAAACUGUGGGCUGGUCUGAACCAAGGAGAGCUGGCAUUUUCCUUUUACAGAAGCAAUGAUUAAUCAACCCCGCCCUCCAUUCACCGGCACAUUGUGUUGUGUGUAAAUCAAAUUAGUUAUUUAUUUCAAUUUCCUUGGUUGGUUGUUCCAAGUAAUUGGCAUGCACGUGACCCACGUUGCCAUAGAACUGCUCCUUCGGGAUCGGCCUGUUCGAUUUUGUGGCAUUAUUUUGGUAAUUUGAGACAAAUAUCUGAUUGAUAAAUCACAUCAAAC